AUGCUCCCAACAUUAGGACUCUCACUAAUGCUAGUAAACCUGGUUUUAUGUAAAGAACAAGGAACAGCAGUCAGGGGUCAGCUAACAUGUCGCGGAAGCACUACUCCAAAUGUUGAAGUAAAAUUAUUUGAUUUGGACACCUGUAAGAAUUUCCUUUGAUUUUUACAUCUUUUGUGUAAAAUUUCGCAAACAUUCUUUAUUUUAAAUUUUAUAAAGUAUUUUAUUUCUAUUAUGCUUUUAACUGUUUGGUUUUAUACGUUUUUAAUUUUCAGUAGAUGCUGAUGAUUUAAUGGCGGAAAGUUACACUGGCCCAACCGGAGUCUUUUACUUGAAUGGAACUACAUUUGAAGUUACCAGCAUUGAACCAGAACUUAGAAUAUAUCACAACUGCAACAACAAUGGCAAGGUAAUCUGUUUUAGAUUUUUGAUAGAAUCUCAAAUGCCCACUUGUAGCAUAGAAACUUUUAAUAGUCAUUCUUAAAAAAUUGUUUUUAAGCCUUGCAAAAGAAAGAUCCGCCGACGUGUCCCUGACCAGUUCAUUUAUUCAGCUGGCACCGCUCACCAAGUUUACAACCUGGGAGCUCUUGAACUUAGUGGUACAUUUGAAAACGAAGGUACUGCUUGUGAAAACGAAAUCUAA